AUGCCUUUGAUCAUGGACGAAAGCCUCGAUGUCGACGAUCUCUUUGGAGAUCCUGCGUCCCUGGACCUCGCGUUGCCAGCUCCACAGCCUCCCAAAGGCCUCGCGCAACGCCUUGACGAGAUGCGGGUAUUGGGCUGCUGUCAGAAGAUUGCCUGGUCUAGACUGGGCUGCAUUGCAUACAUAUCCCAGGAUAGCCUCAGUGUGGCCGUUCGCCACAUGUCGUGCAAUCCUUCCGAUGGGAAAUGGGAGCUGAGCGAAGAGUAUCCGCUCCGCCAGCUGCCAGACAUUCAUGCUGGUCAGCCGUUGGCCCAUUUGAGCUGGAAUGAGACGGGAAGCGACUUGGCCAUCUUUGAUACGGCCGGCCGCAUUUCCAUCUUCUCCACCUCGACUGCUUUGAACAACGUAUCGAUAAGCCGUCAGACUAUGCUCGACCCGUCUGACGACAAUGCCCAAGUCGUUGGAACCAUGUGGAUGAAUCCGAACCGUGCCGUGCCUACUUUCAAUCAAGCUACCAAGUUGAAUGGGAGGUGGAAUUACUCCCCUUUUCAGCGCAAACCGAUUGGCCCUUUCCAUCCCGCAGGCAAACCGGCUCUUCUUUGCGUGACUAGGGCUGGAAUUAUCAAGUUGAUAUACCAGAACCCCGACGCUAGAUGGACAGAAAUCAACGCCGAAUUAAAGACUAUUAGCCAGUCUGACCGCGUGUUGACACAUGCCGCUUUUUUGGCUACUUCGAACGGCAUUCUUGUCGUAACCCACUCUCUCUUGGAAAAAAUCAGCGUAUAUCGAAUCGAAAUCACCUGGACUCCACCGCAUUGGGACCAGAGCCAGCCCAAGCAGGCAUCCGGCACACUAGCCUUUCCCGUCCCGGCCUUCAAUAUCACUCACACCAAAACAGAAGAUCCUGGCAGGAUAUUCAAGACCAACAGGGACGAAACUGGAAAUAUAGGAGAACCUGCUCCAUAUCAAAACUCCCUGUACCAAAUCACUAGCCUUGAUAUUAUCGCCGGCCAACCGGAUCAUGCCGGCAGUUCAUUUUCUGGCCCAUGGAUUCUUGCUAUUUAUUCGAGUCCAAUCCAAAAUACCGGCCAUGACUUACGACACCAGCCACCGCCUUCUUCCAUCAUGGUCAGGUGGCAACUAGAGAGUACGGCCUUGAGCCUCCACCCCGUAUUCGAGGAGCUGGUCCAGAAGAAAGCCAGUUCCCAGAACAAGACAAAACUAGAAAUUCGACGACUAGAGGAUAUGAGCUCCGAUAGAUACAUAGUCUCCGUCGAUCAAAUUGAGUUUGGGAAUGUUCUCGCAGUAACAUACGACGAUAGCUCCAUCUCCUUUUACAACCCAAAGACUAUGGCUAGCUUUGUCGGAACCGAUGAUCCUAGUACAGUGACUAGCAUGUCUCAAGCAGGCUUUCACUAUCCCCUUGAUGUUUCCGGCCUCUACACUUGCUUUUCUCCCAAUGGCUGCGUUGCUGUUGUUCUAGAUGGCGAGUGGAAAGCUCGACUUAGGCAUAUGGAACAUUCUUUCCACACAGAAGGUGGCCUAUAUGACGAGAAUAAAUAUUCUGCCGGAAUCGCUGCUCUAGCGCUCGCAUUUUGCCGCGGUUGUGCUAUUGAAUAUAACACUGAUGAUGUUUUAACGGUGAUUAAACGCAAUAUAUCCCCUGACGCCCAGAAUGCAAUUGUCAGCGAAGUGUACCGAGCGUUGCCCAUUCACUGUAACUUCACCACUGAGCCGGAUAAGCUUAUGCAACACCAUUUUGUCCCUCGUUGCCUAAGCUUGCAGGCUGCUCUUGGCUUCCAGAAUCAUUUCACAUCUCGAAGCUUAUCGUCGUCUGUUGCGUGGUCAAUGCUCAAUUUUCGGCAUGCAUCUAUCCUAUUCGUGUAUUUUAUUACAUACAGCAAGACAUUCAAAGACCAGGAGUCAUAUGAUCACGAUGUUCUGCGAAUGGUCCACGGCAACGUGAAGUGGGUCUUGGACUUGAUUCUUUUUAUAUUGGAUGAUUUAUUUCAACUUGCUCAAGAGUUUGAACCGCUUCUAGACGACCAGGAGGCUUUUGCACAAAAAGUGAAAUCAACAUCAUCGCUCUCUCUCACACUUGUCCUCUCAAGCAUGUCUCGGGCUUUCCUUAACUUCAUCUGUCGAGGAUUGCGCGGUUUAUCUACCGGACACACGAUGUUUCCUCUCACGGGCGAUGCUCGGGCGUAUUAUGCUGAAUUCUUUCAAAUGAUAAACAACUGCCCAGUCCCAAUCAAUAUAUACGAGAAAUUCUUGGUUGAACUCGACAAUGCCGUUCGCUUUGCGUACCAGGGUGUCGGGUUCGAAGACAACGAACGCCGUUCUCCAGAGAAAGAACUCCUGAUCAACUCCCGCAUUCCUGCCGUUUUUGUUCCGGCCGUUAGUACCCUAUUCAAACAGAUUAUCCCGAGCACGAAAACCCAGAUCAACCAGAUGGCCAUAUAUCUCACGGACUUUAGUUGGCUUGGGUUGUCUACUGAUCGUCGCACCGAAUAUUACCGCCGGACUCGGCAGGUUGACAUACUGAGAAAGAUUCCUAUGCGACGAUCUAACCUGAAUAACGAUGCCAACAAGGAUUCCACAUCGAGCUCCGUAACACAUCGACGCUGCAUUCGUUGCUGUGAGAUAUCGGGAGAGCCUUCGUCCCCUAGGACUGCGCAAUAUUACAGGCUGGUUCUGCGAAUGCAACUCAUGAAAAAUUGUCUCUGCGGUGGAAUGUGGACGUUUGAGGCUGGGCCUCCACAAUUGAAUGGCGCUGUACAGGGCCAAAAAGGAAAAUGA